AUACAGAUACCAGCAUCACCAUGUGCCUCUCUCACUCUCACAGCGGUGUGUCCGCAUUCUGAAAUAGCCGGGAGUAUUGUACCGAGGGAGUGUGAAACGGAAGGAAAACAAACAACCAACAACAACAUCACAAGGUUUUCCUAGAUCAGGGGGAGGAAGGGGGAGGAGGAGGAGAUCAACCCAGAAAGUAAUUAUUUACACUCAGAAUAGAAUAGAAUUGAAAGCCCAAAUAUAUAGAAAUUUGGUGAAAUUGAUGCUUUAGUUCUUUAAUUUGCGGGGACAAAUUAAUUUGAAGAUCGAUCAAAUUUCUGCCGCACUCAAGUUCUUUUCAGUUUUGAGACAGUGAAGCAAUGGAGGCUAAACUUGCCCAGAGCUUGCAAUUCUCAACAACAUGUAUUGAUUCAGAGAAGAUGGUGAGGAAACCGAGCGGUUUGUUGCUUUUUUCUCCAAGAGCUAGUGACCAAAAGAGGCUUCAGGUUCGUAUUUCUAGUCAUUUGCAACCAACAAGAACUGCCAGUUGGCAUAAACCUGCGGCAUUGAAGGUCUCGUGUUCUUAUAAGAACUUUCCAGAUUCCAUAUUGAAGUCUGGAAGUUUUCCUGCCUCUUUUGAUGAAGCUAUGACUUUAAAGAUUGUUUCAGCAUUCAUCUUAUUGGAAGUUAUAAAAUUGCAGAAUAAGUCAGAAGAGAUUGAACCAUAUUUAAAUGGACGAUGUAUAUAUCUUGUUGGGAUGAUGGGAUCUGGGAAAACAACCAUUGGCAGGAUUUUGUCAGAAGUACUUGGUUAUUCCUUUUUUGACUGUGACACAUUGAUAGAGCACACAGUUGGGGGAACUUCUGUGGCUGAAAUCUUUAAGCUAUAUGGUGAGAGUUUCUUCAGAGAUAAUGAGACAGAGGUAUUGCAGAAGCUGUCUUUGAUGCACCGGCUAGUUGUUUCCACUGGUGGAGGUGCAGUUAUUCGGCCCAUCAACUGGAAAUACAUGCAAAAGGGGAUUAGUGUCUGGUUAGAUGUACCAUUGGAAGCCUUGGCAAGGAGAAUUGCAGCUAUAGGAACAGAAUCUCGCCCCCUUUUGCAUCAUGACUCAGGUGAUGCUUAUGCAAAGGCUUUCAAUCGUUUAUCUACUCUUCUGGAAGAGAGGGGUGAAGCGUAUGCAAAUGCCAAUGCUAGGGUUUCGUUGGAAAAUAUUGCAUCCAAACUAGGUUACAUAGAUGUAUGCAAUCUCACACCAACAGUUAUUGCAAUUGAGGCACUUGAACAAAUUGAAAGCUUUCUGAAGAAAUAGGGAAUUGGCUAUUCCAAGGACCUAAUUUGCUUGGCCUUCUUAUUUCAAAUAGUUGGGCAUUAAACCCACCUAAGCCGGAACAAAUUUUUUUUUUAAAUAUAUUUUUUAAGAAUUAGUUACAUUAGUCCUAUGUUUUUAUUUUUUAGUAGCGAGGCAUGGCAUGUGUUGUGUGUGACAAAAAUAUUGGAGGUUUCUAUUAAUGAUUCUUAAAGAAUCAUUAGUUGUAAAUAUGGCUGAAACAGUUCUACCUGUAAAAUCUCAUUUAUUUGUUCCUUAUAAUAGUAUACAACAAAAGCUGGUAAUUAGCCGUUGCAUUUUGUUUGCUAA